UCCACUGAAACUACCGAGUCCUACAGGACGUCUUUUCCCUGUACCACUCCCCUUCCUUUCUCUCUCUUUCCUGCUCAUCCCCCCUUUGAGCCAACCCUAGAUCUUUGUCAUUUCCCCAAUUUUCUUGUUUUCUCUCUCCUCUUCAAAUCUUUCAAUGGCUAUGGAAAACCGCUUAAACAUGUCCCUCGACGAUCUCAUCAAGGUUAACAAAACCUCUACUGGCCGUGGCGGAGGCGGUGGCGGUAGAGGCAGACCUGGCGGCAGAGGUAAUUCCGGUGCCGCACCUUCUCGAAGAUUCACUAAUCGCGUCUCCAAUCGCUCCACUCCUUAUACUAUGCCCAUGUCCAAGGCGCCUGAUUCGUUUUGGCAGCAUGAUAUGUUCGGGAAUCAAGGUGGUGUUGGCGUUGGUGGAGGAGGAGGAGCGUCUUCAAUUGAGACUGGAACGAAGCUUUACAUCUCUAAUUUGGAUUACGGUGUUUCAAAUGAUGACAUCAAGGAGCUCUUCUCAGAGGUUGGUGACCUGAAACGUUAUGCUGUCCAUUAUGAUAGGAGUGGAAGAUCAAAGGGAACUGCCGAAGUUGUUUUCUCACGGAGAGGAGAUGGUCUGGCUGCUGUCAAGAGGUAUAAUAAUGUAGAACUUGAUGGUAAGCCAAUGAAAAUCGAGAUUGUGGGGACGAAUGUCGCAACCGCGGGAAUAUUGCCUCCAGUUCUUAACGGCAUUGGCAGGAAUCCACUUGGCCCAAGAAGUGUACAAGGAAGAGGUGGUGCUAUGGGACGCAUACGUGGAGGCCGUGGUUUUGGCAGAGGUCGUGGCAGGGGAAGAGGGCGUGAUGAAAAGGCAUCUGUAUCUGUAGAUGACCUGGAUGCCGACCUGGACAAGUACCACUCAGAAGCAAUGCAGACAAACUAAAGCAUCCUUAUGGGUUUUCUUUUGCCUUCUCUUGGGUCUUAAACCUAUGCUCUUGCAACUGUGUCCUUGAUGAUGGUUUCAACUGUGUUGUUUAAUUCUAUCAAUUCUUAUUUUUAGGCAAAGGCAGAUAGAGGGCAGUAGUUGGAUCUUGGUAUCGAAGCUUGGGAUUUGUAUCGGACUUGAUAUGGUUGGGGGUUAGAAUAUCAGUUAAUGAACAACUAUGAGUGUUAUUAUUCAGAUAUAGAUUGCUUUGUACUUUUGCUGUUUCA